CUAGUUUCGUCCUUGGAUAAAUCGCGAUCUGAGUCUUUCGCUAGGGUUUGGGAUUCCAAGGCUCUCGCGGCCUUCUUCUCCGCUUGUCGAGCUUCUCUGCGAACAAGGUUUACAAUGAGACGAUACAGUCCACCUUAUCAUAGUCCUCCUCGGAGAGGAUAUGGCGGGAGAGGAAGAAGUCCCCCUAGAAGAGGAUAUGGAGGAUAUGGUGGGGGCAAAGAUCAGAAUAGUCGUAGCCUUUUGGUGAGGAAUAUUCCCUUAAAUGCAAGAGCAGAGGACCUUCGAGUUCCAUUUGAAAGAUAUGGGCCAGUUAGAGAUGUCUAUAUGCCAAAGGACUACUACACUGGGGAACCCCGUGGCUUUGCAUUUGUGGAAUUUGUAGAUCCAUAUGACGCUUCAGAAGCUCAGUAUCGUAUGAAUGGGCAGCGAUUUGGUGGUAGGGUUAUAACUGUUGUUGUGGCUGCUGAGACAAGGAAAAAGCCUGAUGAAAUGCGCCACAGAGAAAGGCCUAGGGGACCAUCAGGCCAUGAUGUUCGGCGCUCAUAUUAUGGACGGUCCCGUUCACGCUCACGCUCUCCCCGCUAUCCUUCUUCUAGAAAUCGUGAUCGGUCAAGAUCUCACUCCCCUGCUCCAAGGCGGAGGGAUGAUUGCUCUGUUUCCCCGAGAAGAAGGCGUAAGGAACACACAAGAUCACCAAGGGAUCAUCCCCAAGGGCGUGAGGAGGAUCGUGAUCGCAGAUCAUACUCUCCAAGUCAUAGUGAUGCCAACCAGAACAAGACUGAUAAUGGUUACGAUGACAGCAAAGCUUAUGAUGCUGAAGGUGCUCGAACUGAAUGGAGAUCACCAAGGCGUGGAUCACGUUCACCUUCUGGAUCUCGUUCAAGAUCUGCAGAUUUGUCUCCAAGGGGGGGUAGCAGAUAAUGAGAUGAGACUGGCUGUUCUUGUGGUGCUGAUCUGUUCUGGUGCCGUUGUCAGUAAACAUCAUGCGUGACUUUUUCAUCUUUUUCUAUAAACAAAAGUUCUAUUUCUGGACUUGUGUGUGCUUUAAAACUUGGGUGCAGAACUCAGGUUUUGGACUUCUGUUUCGUCUUCUUGGAUAUCAUAUUAAGACUUAACGUUAGUCCUGAGAUGGUUUGUUGGAUCUUGUGUUUAGAUUAAGUCGUGGCAUUGCCGUCAGUCUCGUGUAAGGUUAAAAUUAGAUGUGCCUUAAAUGCUUAUUUUACCUGAUUUCA